AUGGAUCCUCCACAUAUCACGGAAUUCGCCUCGCGGCGGUAUUUCGAUAAGCUUAAGCAGCUGAGCGAGCAGAAAGAACAUCACAACGAUGCCGUUCCACAUCCUCAUGACGGCGCUGUUGCGGCCGAAUCCUCGACUUUUAUUCUACCCAUUGGAAGGGCAAAGUCAAUUGACCAAUCUGCCCAUGACAUUCAAAGGAGCGAGAAACGCCGAACCAAUUUUAGCCUCAGGACUAUCUUACCUUCACGCAGCUCUGUCGAUCACGAUGCUCAGCGUCAGUCUACCGAGACACCGAAAAGAAAAAUCACCCCUUUCGAUCAAUUAUUCUUGGCGCUACCUAACGAGUUGAAGAUCCAAAUAAUUGCCUCCUUACCUCUAUCUGAUGUUCUAAGCCUUCGUCUAGCGUCACGAUCGUGGCACGAAAUGAUUACGGUUAAUGAGUUCCCGAUUGCUCGGUAUCACCUUGAACAUCACGUACCGGUAUAUGCGAAACGAUUAUAUCCAGCACCUGAUCCUUCUGCGAUACGACUUCAUUAUCUUUGUGGGAUAUGGCAUCGAUUACAUGUGGCUGCUAAACUUUCCUACUUAAUAAGCGAAUGGGUGACGAAGGAGAUUUUUCUAAGAACUACCGAGGCACAACGCGUGGACUUCGAACCACAAUACGAGAGAAUGCGUCGCCGAUUAAUACCCUUACUCUUUACGAUAUUUCAUUUCUUCGAGACAUACCGGACAUUACAUAUCGAGUAUAUCAAAAAGCAUGGGCACGGUUUAUCACGAGUGCCUCAUACUCUAAAUCCCAUCGAGCUCAGGAUUAUGAGCAUGUAUGACGACCAGACUUUACUACGAGUACAUCAGGUGUUCCCGUUGGUCGUGUCAUCAUUUUGCCGGCGCCUCCGGCCUCCCUCCUAUGUUGGUCGAUUGGAGCGUUCGCUCAGAGGUUACCUGAAGGAUCGCCCUCCUGACGAAGUGUAUGUGACAGCUCUAUGUGUCGGUGGGCUUCGGCAGGUCGAACGGUUCUGGGAGAUUAAAGGAUAUAACCUGAGGAGAGGCGCUGUCGAUUCGUGGUACAAUUCCGUUUUGAAAGAACCUACCGAGGCAGCGGCAAAAUCGCGAAGAGGAUUCAUGGGUCUGGCCCGGAAAAAGUCUAGCGCGAGUGAAUCUGAUAUCCAUAAAGUCGGGGAAGCGGGUCGAGGGCGGCGAGGGUCAGAAACGGGUCGAAGAGGCAGCGAUGUGUCAAUGACUGGCGCGUGGGAGAAUCUGGUAUACAACACGAGCCUAGCUGAAGGCAUGCCGAUGGGUGACUUAUCACGAGAACAACUCAAAAUUUUGCUCCCCGACUCGCCGACGCUACAACACAUAUGGAUGCCGACGGCUGAGGCCCUCAUACUCGACCGGAAGAUCGUCGAACGACCCCAGGAUAUCAAGCGCAACGCACAGGUCAUGUUGGAGCUGAUCCGCGAGGAUGGCGCGGCUGAAGAGGAUGAAUGGUGGUACGGGCGAUACGCACCCGAGUCGGUUCGACCACCCCUCGAAGCUAUCGAGGAAGAUCCUAUUGAAUAA